AUGUCGGUUCAGUGUUACCCCUCUAGUCCAAUCAUGCAAGGACAUCUGCUGCAGGAGUCCAAGAAUAUCUGCUGGAGGAGUCCAAAGACAUCUGCUGGAGGAGUCCAAGGACAUCCUCAUCUGCUGGAGGAGUCCAAGAAUAUCUGCUGGAGGAGUCCAAAGACAUCUGCUGGAGGAGUCCAAGGGCAUCUGCUGGAGGAGUCCAAGGACAUCCUCAUCUGCUGGAGGAGUCCGAGGACAUCUGCUGGAGGAGUCCAAAGACAUCUGCUGGAGGAGUCCAAGGACAUCUUCUGGAGGAGUCCAAGGACAUCCUCAUCUGCUGGAGGAGUCCGAGGACAUCUGCUGGAGGAGUCCAAAGACAUCUGCUGGAGGAGUCCAAGGACAUCCUCAUCUGCUGGAGGAGUCCGAGGACAUCUGCUGGAGGAGUCAGAGGACAUCUGCUGGAGGAGUCUGAGGACAUCUGCUGGAGGAGUCCAAGGACAUCUGCUGGAGGAGUCUGAGGACAUCUGCUGGAGGACUCUAAGGACGUCUGCUGGAGGAGUCCAAAGACAUCUGCUUGAGGAGUCCAAGGACAUCUGCUGGAGGAGUCCAAGGACAUCUGCUGGAAGAGUCCAAAGACAUCUGCUGGAGGAGUCCGAGGACAUCUGCUGGAGGACUCCAAGAUUAUCUGCUGGAGGAGUUCAAGGACAUCUGCUGGAGGAGUCCGAGGACAUCUGCUGGAGGACUCCAAGAUUAUCUGCUGGAGGAGUCCAAGAAUAUCUGCUGGAGGAGUUCAAGAAUAUCUGACAUCAAUGAAGACGUCGUCUUCUUGAGUUUCUGGAAAACUUAAGCAGUGCAGCGAGCCCCCCCCCCCCCCCCACAACAGCCACGGCAUCAAUGAAGACCAUGGCGUCCUAAGCUUCUGACAAACAUGAGGACAUUUCUGAUUUUAUGUAAAUAUAUGUAAAUUGUAUGUAUUAGUACUAGUAUUUAUAUUAGUAGUAUCAGUAUUAGUAUUAUUUAGCAGACUGGGGCCCCCCCCCCCCGCUGCCCGGGCAGGCCCCCCGCUACCGGGCCAUCAUACCCCUCCCCCCCCCGCUGCCGGGCCAGCCUCUCUCCCCUGGCUAGCCACCCGGCUAGCCACCCGCCCCAGAGUUAGCACACUUAGCACACUUAGCACACUUAGCAUACUUAGCACACCUAGCACGCUAAGUAUGCUAAGUAUACUUUGCUGCAUUGCUGAAUAAAAUGUU